CGCUCUUCCGGACGCUGUCAACUGUGAACACCGCAUCAACUGCGAUGAGUUUUGAGUGGCCCUGGCAGUACAAUUUCCCUCCGUUUUUUACACUUCAGCCCAAUGUUGACACCAGACAGAAACAGUUGGCAGCCUGGUGUUCCCUGGUUCUGUCCUACUGCCGGCAUCACAAGCUCUACACUGUGGAUGUCAUGGAAGCGCAGGAAAGUCCCGUGUUCAACAACAAGAAGAUAGAGAGAAAACUCCCAGUGGAAGCAAUUCAAGUUGUGUUUGAAGAGUUGAGGAAAAAAGGCAACCUGGAAUGGUUGGACAAAAAUAAGUCGCGGUGUUUAGUCAUGUGGAGACGACCAGAGGAAUGGGGGAAGUUAAUAUACCAGUGGGUGUCCAAAAAUGGCAUGAACAACUCUGUGUUUACACUUUACGAACUCUCCAAUGGUGAUGACACAGACGGUGAAGAGUUCCACGGUUUAGAGGACUGGAUGCUGCAGCGCUCCCUGCAGGCUUUACAAACAGAAGGAAAAGCAGAGAUCAUCUCUAUGGAUGACGGAAAAGGUGUCAAAUUUUUCUAAAGCGGUGCUGGAAUCACGCUCGUACACUCCGACCAGGAAGCAAGGCGGAUCUUUAGGAUGGGUCGCACCUCGAUGCAGAGGCCGGUGGAUGCUGGCCCUUUAAAUGUUUUUGUAGUUGCCUUUUUGGUUCACAACCUUCUCUUUCUGGGAGAGAACCAUUAUUGUUUGCGGGCAGAAACAACAACAAAAAAAGAGCAUCUGAGGUGACACUGUGUUUAUAAAAUUAUCAUUGGUGACAUUUGUUGCCAUUUAAAGAUGCAAUGAGUAUCAGGGGACUAAACACUAUCAUGUCUGAAUAUUUUAGGGGAACAUUUCCCCAUUAGCUGUCACUCAACUUCUUCAUUUAGAUUUUAAAUGCAACUAGUUCUAUCUCCAUUUACUCUAUUAAGGAGUUUACUGUGUAUGAUUAGCGCUGGUCCUUGGCUCGGCUGUCGUUCCUUGGUGCCCAGCCAGAAUUCCCAAAGAAAUCCCAGAACACAAGACCUGAGGGACUUUUUUAAAUUUCUAAAUAAAUGCUUCCAGAGGAGGAACACCGCAGAGGCUCGAGGCAAUCUUCAUUCAACCUGACUGAGUGUGAUAAUAUUGAACUUUGUGUACAGAUUUCUGCCAUCCUGUUGUUGUACUGUAGCUUCUGUGAUGCUUCUGUUAUCUUUCCCUCUGUUCUUUUUCAUAUCCUACAGAAAAAAUAAAUUAGGAAUUUGUUAAAUUUG